AUGAACUUUCUCUGGGCCCUGGUGGCCCUAUUCGCCGUCAGUGAGGCGUGGGCCAAGUCGGAUCGGCACCAUCGUCACAUGCGAGUGACGGGAUAUCCACAGAUUGGAAGAAUCCCGCUCAAGAAACUCACCACCAUCCGCGACACGCUUUUCGAAGCCGGCUCCUACAAAGAGUUCGCCAAGCAGCGUGAGCUCGCCUUGGCCAAGCGCAUCCGCAAGUACCACCCCCACCGCCACCACAAGGACAGCAACCGUCUGUUCACCCCGGAUGAGCAUCUAAGGAAUUAUAUGGAUGCCCAAUACUAUGGAGAGAUCUCCAUCGGAACUCCCGCUCAGAACUUCACUGUCAUCUUCGAUACUGGAUCGUCCAACUUGUGGGUCCCGUCGCGAAAAUGCCCGUUCUACGACAUUGCUUGCAUGCUCCACCACCGCUACGAUUCGGGCGCUUCCUCCACCUACAAGUCGGACGGACGCAAGAUGCAGAUCCAAUACGGUACCGGAAGCAUGAAGGGAUUCAUCAGCAAGGACUCUGUUUGCGUCGCCGGACUCUGCGCCGAGGACCAACCCUUCGCCGAAGCCACCUCUGAACCCGGCCUCACCUUCAUUGCCGCCAAGUUCGACGGUAUCCUCGGAAUGGGUUAUCCCCAAAUUGCCGUUCUCGGCGUCUCCCCCGUCUUCAACACGUUCAUCGACCAGAAGAAGGUCGCGCAGCCCGUGUUCGCCUUCUGGUUGAGCAGGGAUCCUGAUGCCGAGAUUGGAGGCGAGAUCACUCUGGGUGGACUCGACCCCAACCACUAUGUCGAGCCGAUUACCUACGUGCCGGUCACCCGCAAGGGCUACUGGCAGUUCAAGAUGGACAAGGUCAGCGGGAAGUCUGGAGCCAUCGCCUGCACGAACGGAUGCCAAGCCAUCGCAGACACCGGUACCUCGCUCAUUGCGGGACCGAAGAAGCAGGUCGAAGAAAUCCAGAACUUCAUCGGCGCCGAGCCCCUGAUGAAGGGAGAGUACAUGAUUCCGUGCGACAAGGUCCCUUCGCUCCCCGAUGUCUCGUUCCAGAUUGGCGGCCAGGAGUACUCCCUCCAUGGGACUGACUAUGUCCUUAAUAUCACCGCCGGCGGAAAGUCGAUCUGUCUCUCCGGAUUUAUGGGAAUCGAUCUGCCGCCCCAAGCUGGAGAUCUCUGGAUUUUGGGAGACGUCUUCAUUGGACGCUACUAUUCCGUCUUCGACUUUGGCCAGGAUCGCGUCGGAUUUGCUCAAGCCAAGGACCGCAGCGGCAGACCGAUCGACCCUCCUGUCCGCACUGUCCCCCACUACAAGAAGUACAUCGACUCCAGCGAGGAGGACUUC